CAUACCUGCAGAAGCGCCCGGAAGCGCAAUAUGGCGUGGCAGUCCGGGGCCGGUGGGAGCAGCGUCGGAGGGAUGGCCACUGGAGAGCCAAAUGGCGUCCAGGCAUACACGCUGCAGGGUAAAUGCUUCUUGUCAUUCAGCAGACUCCUCCCUAACCUGUGCGAUAGGUGUCAUGCGGUUUCUACAGACGGAAUGGCACAGACACGAACGAGACCGGAAUGCCUGGGAAAUUGAGCGCGAAGAGAUGAAGAACCGAGUUGCGAUUCUUGAAGGCGAAACGAGAACAAGCAAAGGCAUACGGACGUCGCUUGAAAGACACGUGAAACUCCUUGAAGUCGCUCUGAAGAGAGAACGCGAACGAGCGCGUAGUGUGGUCAAGGGCGAAGAGGUUGAAUCACAAAAAGGCGCCGAAGAGCUUGCGCGUGACAAGCUCAAGGCAGUCGGAAAAGAUUCAUCUCUCAACAGCGUCGGCCAUUUUGACCAAGAGAUCGAUGCCGAAAGUCACUUGAUUCAGGGCGUACGGCAAGAGAAAGAGCGUGACAAGUCCAAAAGCUAUCUGUCCAAAUGUUCCUCCGAGAUCACGUAUCAUGUUUUGCCGACGAACCAUGUACCUCCCGAACUCAACGAUCCCUCAUUGUCGGCCAACGCAACCAAUGUCUUCCCGGGACGGCAGCCGAGCCAGCAAGAGCUCCAAGAAGCGUACCUGCAGCUGCAACAGGUGAAGCAGCAGCAGCACCGCAAUAUCGCCAUGGUUAGGGAAAGUGCUGCACCUCAACAGCAAACCUUUGCCGAAUCGACUGCGCUCUCGCGGAACAACACGCAAAUAAAUGCCGAAGGCACCCAAAGAGGUGACACAGAGGGCCGAAUACCUGAACAGAUGAUCCAACCGGUGCCGGCUGUGGAUUCGAGGAAGAUUUUUUACAACGAACAACUGCAUAUCCCUGAAGAACAAGUCGAGUCCAUCUCCCACAGUUUUGAUGCUUACGGACGCGAAAUCCAGUUGAACGACCAGACCGAGCUGCGGUCAGUGGAAGACCAUAAGCAGGAGAUUUCAGACGCCUGGGACUUCGACGAUGGGCCUUCGCAUCAGGAGAAGACGGAGCCAACAGCACAGCACAGGCCUGAUGUCGAGGUUUUCCCGAGCGCAAACCUGACUCCUUCAAAAUCUCCCCCUCGUGCGCCAGGCUCCUAUCGCAGGAAGAGCUCUGGAGCAAGAAGACGAAGCGAGGGUAGCAACGAUGCUCGGGAGUUGGCAGCAACAAAAUCAGACGCUUCACAAUUCAAGGUGCGGUUUGCUAUGCGAGGGCAUUUGGACGUGGUCCGUGCGGUCAUCUUCACUGGAGGUGGAAGUCCUUCAGAACCCGAAUUUUGUACGGCAAGUGAUGAUGGAGGCGUGAAGAGAUGGCAUAUUCCCGCUUCCUACCCACAUAAUGUGGCUCUAGGCGACGAUCUUGAUCGCACCGCUCACUUCACCCAUCGAGGUCACAUCGGUGCAGUCUGCUCUCUGGCAGCAUGUUCGGCAUCUCCCAAUUUCUCCAGUGGUGGCCGAGCAGCCGGUGAUGGUUGGAUCUUUUCAGGCGGUGAAGACGGCACGGUCAAAGUGUGGGAGCGGGGUCGAGUUGACGCGAAAGCGACCCUCGAAGGCCAUAAAGAUGCAGUGUGGGCGUUGUGUUGUCUUCCUGGAACGACAGGAAGCAUUCUUGGCGACCGCUGUUCGCAAUUCGGUGGACCAGACCGUGUUCUCCUCGUUGCUGGUGGCUCUGAUGGAACCAUCAUGGUCUGGGCUGUGAGCACGCCUCCACAAUUAAGUUCACCGCCUGCCGGGAGUCGAUCAGCCAGGGGAAGCCGACGGGCAAACUCCAUUUCGGCAGGCUCCAACUUUCCCAGCUCGCCUCAGCCGAGUAUUGCCACUACUACACCUUUCAAUUACAGCUUGGUGCAUCGCAUCGAACGAACACAGCAUCCAGCGCCGACGUCCAUCUCACCGUUAGGACCCCACGGGGAGAGUUUCGUGGUCAGCUACAAUGACGCAAGCGCCCUGAUAUUUGACACGCGGACAGGCGAGGAGAUCGUUGGAAUGGCCAGCCAAGAGACCUAUGACGGAACUCCGGACACGGGCAUCAAUGCAGUUGUCGCUAGCAGCACAGGAUUUGAUACUCGCGAUUCGGUUGCCCCAGGUCGGCGCGGCUCGAUGGGCGAAGAUGAUGUUGUCCAUGGCGCCACGGGCUCAGAAGGUGGCGUUGAAGGUGUUGUCAUUGCCGGCUACGAGGACCGAUACAUCCGCUUCUUCGAUGCUAACAGGCAAUGCACAUACACUAUGCUUGCGCAUCCUUCUGCAAUCUCGUCGCUGUCCUUGAGCCCGGAUGGCAAGGAGUUGGUAUCAGGUGGGCAUGAUGCAAGUUUACGAUUUUGGUCCCUUGAGAAGAGGAGUUGUACACAGGAGAUAUCAAGUCACAGAAUCAUGCGGGGUGAAGGAGUCUGCAGUGUUGUUUGGAGUCCUGAUGGCCGAUGGGUCAUUAGUUGUGGCGGCGAUGGUGCUGUCAAAGUAUUUUCCAGGAGUUAACCUGACAGUGAUUGUUCGGGCAUCAGGUCGACAAAUUAUCUGUUCGAAUGGAUCGAAAACAGUCAGCUUCAGCUUCUAAACAUGAAUCAAUCACUAAGACUUGAAGAUUGGUUUCAUUUCGAUCCAUCCGCUCCGCCUCACUCAGUCUUGCGAAAAGUUCCCUGUAACUUGGGGGUGGCCAGCCGAGCAUUCGCGCGCAUGACAGCCGGAUGAAGUGACGGCGCCGGGUUCACCAACGCAUCUCAACUAUGUUUGAUCGCGCCGUGUCUGUGGGUGGCCAAUGCUUCUCUGAAUACCGACAGCAUCC